CGCCCCCGGGGCCGCCUCCCGCGGGCGCGCAUGUGCCCGUGCCUCCGCUCCGCUCUCCCGGGAGCUCCGCGGCGCCGCAGCCGACACCUCCCGCUGGGACCGGGCUGAGCUGAGCCUGGCUAAGUCGAGCGUAGCCGGGCCGGGCCAUGGCCCCGCCGUGCACCGGGACGCUGCGCUGCGCGCUGCUGUGCGCGCUGCUGUGUGCGCAGGGGCCCGAACCCACCCGCGCAGCUUCGGCAGGAGAGUGCAGCGAGCUGAGGUCCUGCGAGACAUGCACGGCUGGCACAGCACCGCACAACGUCAGCGGCUGCGUCUGGGUGGGCUGCGGGACCCCCGAGGAGCCAGAGCUGGGGAGCUGCGUGCAGAGCGGGGCGGCCGCGCGGGAGACCUGUGUGCUCUACAACACCAGCACCCUGUGUCAAGCAGCACUGCGGUCCCCCACCGAAGAGUCUCCAUCACGUUCCCAUAGCAAGGAGCCGGUGACGCAUUCCCCAAGAACCACCACCACCAGCGCCCCGUUGACGGGCAGCCCCGAAUUCCACCCACCCGGCUUCGACACGGCCAGCUUCAUCGGGGGCAUCGUGCUGGUGCUGAGCGUCCAAGCCGUGGUCUUCUUCAUCAUCAAGUUCAUCAAGUCCAAGGACAGCACCUACCAAACGCUGUAAGGCUCCCACGCCCCAUCCAAAAUGGAUGGGGGGGUCCCAUCCUGAGUCACCCUUGAAGCCAAAAAUGGGGCUCAGCCCCUGUGUGUGGGGCUCCGUGUCCUGUUUCGCCACUCAGUGUUGUCACUCAUGGGUGUUUGUGCCCGGCAGGGGGAGGAUUUGGGAGAUGGUGGGGCUCAUCCUCCAUGUCUGUCCCCUCGCCGGUGUCCGGCUGUCCUGUCACCUCCUCUGUGUGUUGCUGCCUGUCCGGGUCCUGGCUCUGAGCCCCGUGGGGAGCCUGGAACCCCAAAAUCCACCCCCCUGAGCUGAGCCAAGUGGGGGCUUGUUGCUCUUCUCCCCCCUUGCGUGGUGCCAGGGGCUCACUGUGUCUAACAUGGGGGGCCAUGCCCCGUCUCUCUUUCCUUGCACGCUGCCAGAGAGGAGAACUAGUAGGUGCUGGGUGCCGGCAGCGAUGCGGGGGGGCUCCCCCUGCACCCCAGAGCUUCACCCUUCCCUCACCCCUCCUGGGGGUGGCGUGGUCCCUCUCUCCUGGUUUGCAUGAAGGGGCUUUCCCGGUUGGUUUGCUGUUUUCCUGGGAGCUGUUAGCAGUAGAAGGGAAGGGGGAGUCCCUCCUCGUUCCCCCUGUUCCAUGCACAGAGCCCCCGGAGGGAUGCAGCUGAUGCACAGCCCCUUGACACAUCCGUGUCCCUUCUGCCACCUGGGUGACGUGUCCCUGGCCCCCCCAUGGCAGCAGGGUGCACCCCCCGAACACGCUUGGCAGGACGGGAGCUGCAGGGCCCCGUUCGAGAGCACCCAGCAGCCCCUGGGCACCCCAAUCCCCUGCUGCUCCCGCUGCCCCCCCAGCCUUGGGGCUUGCUGAGAGGGGGGGGUUGGGGUCCCCUCUUCCCCCGUUGGGCUCUCAGGUGCUUUUUCCUUCAGCAUUUUGGCUGGAGCCCCCAGCCCCCUGCUGCAGCCCCCCGACCCCUCCGGCGCGGAGCCAGGGCCGCGCUGUGUGCUUUUGCUGUGCCUCUGUGUUGCUGUGGGGGUGUGCGGGGUGGGGGGUCCCAGUCUCCACCCCCCAUUUCUGUGUGUUGUUUUGGGGAGGGGGAAUGUGUGCUGUGUGCCGUGAGGUGACACUUGUAGCUCAGGCUGCCCCCAUUAAACUCUGUGAGGUGGUGUC